CUCCCACUCCGGACUGCGUCUUGUCUGUAAUUUCUCUUCCACUGAUUGAGUUAGCGAACGGAAAGCAUGGCGUCGGGUCACAUCAGCAGGAUCGCUAACCUGUUUAACCGAGUCUAUACUAGCAGAAAUAUUAAACAAAUCAGAGCAGGAAUCUUUCUGUCAUCUCACAACAACUCUACAGUUAGAGGUCCAUUCAGUGACGACAAAAGUAAUGUGGAAAUCGCAGUGACAUCCGAUGGAAACACAAUAGUGUGUUACCAUCCGACAGAAGACGUACCCUAUGAGCUCACACAGUCGAUUGCCAGACCAGACGCCAUCAAUGAUCACGCAGAGACUCAUGAACAGGUGCUGAAAGCCAGACUCGGGAAAGAGGUUUUAAAUAACAAACAGGCCCCAACCAUCGAGGAACUGAGCAAGAUGUUCUACACCACCAAACACCGCUGGUAUCCCGUCGGACAGUAUCACACCAGACGCAGAAACCCAAAUCCACCCAAAGACCGAUAGUUCUGGAUGGUUUUCCUGUCUCCUCUGAUGUUUGUUUUGAAUUGGAUUCUGCUGUGCAUGAAAUAAACCCUUCCUUCGGCUGUU